ACGUUCACAGUUGUCGUUCUGAGCUUAGCGGGAUUGGACGUGUUUCUACGAGUUGCGAUAUCAAUAAAUAAAUAGUAACUAAGCGGUGUUGUAUACUAAUUGAUAGCAUUAUAAUUAACUUGUUGUGAAGUGAACCUUAUUAUCAAGAUGCUGAGAUACUUGUGCAUACUGGCUGCAAUCAGUCAAUUGAUCUGUUUAACUCUGGCUGAAGCGCCUGCGUAUAUUAAGCAAUGCCCUCGCGAUGAUCCCAAGCUGGUGAACUGCCUUAUUGGCUCCCUGGAGCAUCUGAGACCGUAUCUGGCUAGCGGCAUACCCGAGAUAGAGCUGCCGCCCGUGGAGCCCUUCAAGAUGGACUCGCUGGCACUGCAGCUCACGGAGGGACCGCAGGGUUAUAAGAUCACGCUGAAGAACAUGGAGGCAUUUGGGGCCAGCAACUUUGAGGUGAAGUCUCUUAAGCUCGGCGAGAAUGGCGGUGAACCCUUUAAGGCGCGCAUUGUGAUGCCCAAGCUGAAGAUCGAGGCGAAGUACACCAGCUCCGGUGUUCUACUGAUAAUACCCGCAUCAGGAGGCGGCGAAUUCCAUGCCAUAUUCGACGGUGUUACCGCCGAUCUCACUGGAAAGACAUCGGCACGUGGCAAGUACCUGCACGUGGAUUCCCUCAGUAUUGUCUUGGAUGUGAAGAAGGCCAACAUGAGCAUCUCCGGUGCCUUCAACAACAAUCGUAUUCUGCUGGAGGCCACGAAUCUCUUCCUGCGCGACAACUCACAAAUUGUUCUAGAGGCCAUGCAAUCGCAGCUCCAGAAGAAGCUGGCCACUGAAUUCGGCAAACUGGCCAAUCAGCUGCUCAAAAACGUUCCUGUCGAUCAAUUCUACUCGAAUUAGACUCCCUUUAGCUUCCAGUCUAUUUUUGAUAAGGACUCUAGGCCUAAGCUUUUGUUUAUUUAAUUGUAAAGUGCUCGUUAUUGCUAUAAACAAAGUAUUAAAUAAUCUACUUACAUACUGUGUGGUGUAA